AUGGGAAGAUAUAGCGUUAAAAGAUAUAAGACUAAAAGAAGAACUAGAGAUCUUGAUUUGAUUUAUGGUGAUUUAGCGACAAAGGAGUCCAUCUGGAAGUUGAAAAAUCAACCUUUGGAUGAAAAUAAGCCUGGACUUGGGCAGUACUACUGCAUUGAAUGUGCUAGAUACUUUGAAAAUCAGUUAGCUUUAAAUCGCCAUACCGCAGGAAAGGUACACAAGAGAAGAGUAAAAGACUUGAGGCUGAAACCAUAUACUAAUUUAGAAGCAGAGGCUGCUUCGGGCAUUAAUAUGGAGCGAUUUGCUGAAUCUGUUGAAAACUACAAAAAACUUGAGGAUUAUAAGGCAAGCAAUGCCCAGGAGUUCGACAAACUCAAAAACCAAGCAAAUAGAGAUCUAGACGAAAUUAUUAUUGGUGCUCCAGCAGCCCAAAUUGAAAAGGAAGGACAAAUAGACGACAUGUCUAUUGUGGAUCAAAAUGAUAACCCUUCUGGUCAAGUUGAGAUGGCACAAUGA